ACCCACGCUGGUGUUGGCUCUUUACCAAAUCAACGUACUGAAAAGUCUGGUUCUUUUUGUCUGAUAAUUCUUCCCUGGCUAUCAAAUAACGCUUCUAGAGUCGUCGUGGGGCACGAUUUAACUCCUCUGUGAAUGCACAACAUGGAGCCGCUGCUUUGCAUCGUAUUUUUGGCGUUUCUUUUGCUUCUCCUGUGGGUCCAAGUGAAAGGUGUAGACUACGUACUGGUGCACCAGCGUUGGAUGUUCGUCUGCUUGUUCCUGUUGCCGCUGUCCGUCGUGUUCGACAUGUACUUCUACGUGCGAGCCUGGCUCAUCUUCAAGAUGUGCUCAGCGCCCAAAUUACACGAACAACGGGUGCGGGACAUUCAGAGACAGGUGCGUGAAUGGCAGAAAGAGGGUGGCAAGGGGUUCAUGUGCACGGGCCGGCCGGGCUGGCUCACUGUGUCGCUGCGAGUGGGCAAGUACAAGAAGACGCACAGGAACAUCGCCAUAAACAUGAUGGACAUCCUGGAGGUUGACACUGAAAAGCAGGUGGUGCGAGUGGAGCCCCUCGCCAACAUGGGUCAGGUGACGGCACUCCUCACCUCUAUUGGCUGGACUCUGCCCGUGCUCCCCGAGCUGGAUGAUCUCACUGUGGGUGGUUUGGUGAUGGGCACCGGCAUCGAGUCGUCUUCUCACAUUUACGGUCUCUUCCAGCACAUCUGCGUGGCCUAUGAGCUGGUUCUGGCUGACGGCAGCUUUGUGCGCUGCACUGAGCACGAGAACCAGGACCUGUUCCAUGCCGUGCCGUGGUCCUGCGGCACUCUGGGCUUCCUGGUGGCAGCCGAGAUCAAAAUUGUGCCUGCCAAAGCGUGGGUGAAGCUACACUACGAGCCGGUGCAAGGCUUGGACAACAUUUGCCGACGUUUCGCCGAGGCGUCCCGAGACAAGCGCAAUACUUUCGUGGAGGGCAUCCAAUACUCCUUGGACUCUGCCGUUAUUAUGACGGGCACCAUGAGUGAGCACGCCGAGCCCAACAAGAUCAACAGAAUCGGCCUGCAUUUCAAACCCUGGUUCUUCAAACACGUGGAAAGCUACCUGACAAGCAGCAAUGAUGGAGUGGAGUACAUCCCCCUCAGACAAUACUACCACAGACACACACGCAGCAUUUUCUGGGAGCUCCAGGACAUAAUCCCCUUCGGUAACCACCCGGUGUUCCGCUGGCUCUUUGGGUGGAUGGUCCCGCCCAAGAUCUCCCUCUUGAAGCUGACGCAGGGAGAGACAAUUCGGCGCCUUUAUGAGCAGCACCACGUGGUCCAGGACAUGCUAGUGCCCAUGAAGGACCUGCAGUCGGCCAUCACGCGCUUUCACCAGGAUAUUGAAGUUUACCCUCUUUGGCUCUGCCCGUUCCUCUUACCACCCAGCAGGGGUAUGGUUCACCCGAAAGGUGAAGAGGAGCUUUACGUGGAUGUCGGCGCAUACGGAGAACCCAAAGUCAAACAUUUUGAGGCAACAAUGUCAACACGGCGGCUGGAGAAGUUUGUCCGAGAUGUCCACGGGUUCCAGAUGCUGUACGCAGACGUCUACAUGGACCGCGACGAGUUUUGGGAAAUGUUUGAUGGACAGCUGUAUCAUAAAUUGAGAGAGGAGCUUGGCUGCAAGGACGCUUUCCCGGAAGUUUACGACAAAAUAUGUAAAGCCGCCAGACACUAAUAUUUAUUUGGCCCCGAUGCUGGGUGAAGGCUCGCUGCUAUUCAAUGUGUCAUGUUUUGGUAAAAUUCUACCGUCAUCACAAUGUGCCUCGGGUGGGAAAUCACCACUUCAAUACCAGUUAUUACUUAUAAAAUGUAACAUUUUUUAAAGAAAAAAAAAAUAGUGCUUAUUUUUGAAACACAUUGUUUUAAUCACAGAUUAAAAACAUUUCUGUACACUCUGCAAUUUACAAUCAGUGAAAGAAAAACAGUAAUGUAACAAUGUAGCAAGUUGAUCUGGCCAAAUGGAUUUUUGGGGAAUAAUUUGAGAUAAAUGUUAGGAGCUGGGUGAUACCGCAUGAAAACUAAAAUAAGAGUGGAAGUAAUGGUCAUUUCCAAAACAAUUCACAGUGGCCUAUUUUAUUAAUACGCUUAUUUUGAAGUUGACUUAAUGGCAUCUUGUGGUAACAUGGGACAUUGCAACCCCGUCAAACUUUUCCUGAUGUACAGAAGAGUGCAUUCUUGAAAACUAAAUUAAGAGUUGUUUGAAAAGUGGAUUAAAACAAACAAACAAA